CUUCAGUCAAAGAAAAAUCUUCCAAGAAAAGUGUAGGUAGUUUUUUGUGUUGUGAAAAAGUGGAAUUUCUCAAGUGAAAAUAGGUGUUUCGUGGACAAAAAUGGGUGCAAUAGCUAGUAGACAGAAUGCUACAGUGGAGGAAGCUGAUAUUGUGUCCAAUCACUACAAAUACCCUCCGAGAUCGGGAACCUACUUUGGGAGUCACUUUAUCAUGGGCGGAGAGCGCUUUGAUACCCCCCAACCAGAAUCGUAUUUGUUUGGGGAGAAUGGCGACUUGAACUUCUUGGGCAAUCGUCCAACUCCGUUGGUUUCGCAGUUUCCCUAUCCCCCACCACAGGCCAAUGAGCCCACAAAGACCCUCAAGUGUCUUGUGAACAUCCGGAAGGAGUCCAUUAGGUUCGUCAAGGCUGAUCCCAGCAACACAAAGAUCCAGGGCGAUGGCUCAAAGGGCAAUGCCUUCAACAUUGAAUUCACAUUUGAUUCCGAUGCUAAAUGUGCAAUAACCAUUUAUUACUUCUGCACUGAAGAAGUUUCCACGGGAGCUGUGAGCUUCCUGUCACGCGAUUCUGCCCUCACAUCUGAGACAUAUCACUUCAAACGGGGUGUCAAUCAGCUUUUCUCCCAAUCCUCUCAUGUCUUCACCCCGUCGAUGUUCUCGGAUGAUGAUCUGGCAUUCAAUUCCGAGAAGGAUGUCAUGCCAAUUGCCAUCCAUUGCGUUGUUGAGGAAGGUCUGGAGGACUCCAGGCAAUCCCACACAACCAUCUGCGUUGUGGAUCAUCACACAGAUGGCACGUACGUCCUCAGGGCGCUCAAGCAGAAGAUCUUCGUAGAUGGCUUGAGCUAUCUCCUUCAAGAGAUCUAUGGCAUUGAGAAUAAGAACAUCAAUAAGUCCUCCAGCGACGAUGAGAAUGAGGGAAAUAGUGAAUGUGUCAUCUGCAUGAGCGAUGGCCGAGACACUCUCAUCCUGCCCUGUAGGCAUCUCUGCCUCUGCAACUCCUGUGCCGAUUCACUUCGGUACCAGGCCAACAAUUGCCCAAUCUGCAGGGCUCCCUUUAAGGCGCUCCUGCAGAUCCGGGCUGUCCAGAAGAAUUCCACAGCUCAUCAUCUGCUUCCGGCGCCAGCUCCUCAAGAAGCUGGCGAUAACAUCCCCAACGGAUACAUGGCUGUGGCUCUGAUUGAGGCCCUUAAUGGGCCCCCAGGGACCUCAACCAGGCAUCAGAGUCCCGGGGAUGGGGUCGAGGGAGAUGCUCCAGAUGCCGUUCAGGCUGCGGAAAUUCUCAAUCGCAGCCUGGACAGAAAUGGGAAGACAGCAGUUAGCCCGAAGGAGCCAGAGAAGCAAGGGAAGGAUAAAGGGAAUCACAAUACUCCAGAGUUUCGAAUGUCUGUGCUGUUGUCCAAGGAGGAUAGCAAUGUGACUAAAGAGUUACUGGCCAAACAUUCGCCACUGAUGAAUCGAGCACCACAGAGUCGUGAUAAGAAUCCGCGGGAGAAGGGUUACUUGAGGCCGACGCAUGACAAUGUCAAGGUGAUCAAUGAGAAAAAUUCCAUGGUGGACAAUGACGAUGAUAGUGAGACUGAGAGACUUUCGCCACUGCUCAAUACCUCAACCAGUGGACAGAAUAAUAAAUUGGGAUCGGCAUUGCAUAUUGACGGAGUGGAAGAGUCAAUUGAUGAUACAGAUACGGAUAUUGAUGAGGGAGAAAAGGAGAAUAAGAAAAAAUCCCGACCAAUGUUGAAUAACGAUAAGGAUUCAAUGGUGGUGAUUGGUGCUGAAGAUUCUGACUAUUAUACACCAGAAGAUCCACAUACAACAAUUCUCAGUCCACUCUAUGCUGAGAAUGGAAAUAGUAGUUUGGGUAAGUCAAAAGAAAAUCUCUCAACUCUUUCGACGCCCGUUGCUGCCCUGAAGGAAGCCGCUCAGUCACUGCCGGACAGUCCAAUUAGUGGAAAUUCAGCAUCAACGCGCAGUUCAGGUGACAGCUAUUCAUCGAGUUCGUCAACAAAGCAACUUUUGGCUUCGGUUCCGAAUGAUGGAUACGGUGGCGGGAAGACGGUUGAUAAGGAGAGUUCCCAGGAGGAUAGUACACCGUAGAGAGCACCAGGGGGACCAAGUGUGGGGGAGGGGGAGGGAUCUGAUCAGCACCAAGGCAAUGGGGAUUUUGUGAAAAUGCAUUUAAUCAGUAUUGUGAUGAAUUCGCUCGCGAGUGUGAAGUGUUGAAUCCUUUUGUCUCUUUUUUUUUCUGUUCUAUUUUUAUUUCUUGUGGGUUCUCAGCCUCUGUCUUUCACUUCCCAGACGGUGAGGAGACUUUCUAAUCUUCUUGAGUAUUUACACAAAACAUACAAUCAUUAAAAAAAAAAGAUGAAAAAGAUAAUAUUAGAUGUUAUUGAAUCUUCUAAAUGUAAUGCAAUACGUAUUAAAGCACAUACAUCAUGAUAUCACGAA